GUGAGAAGUGAUCAGGAAGAAGAGUGAGUGAGAGGUGAGUAAGGAGAAUAAUGAGUGAGAGGUGAUUAGGGAGAGGAAUGAGUGAGAGGUAAUUAGGGAGAAGAAUGAGUGAGAGGUGAUUAAGGAGAAGAAUUAGUGAGAGGUGUAUAUUUAAAUAAAUGAAUAAGAAAGUGAUGUGGAAAGGACACGUGAAAGAUAGUGAAUGAAUGGUGUAGUGAAAGAGAGAGAGAGAAAGAGAGAACCGACGCAGGCGCAGUAAAGCUCGUCGGCCACCCUGCAGUAGACAGCCUUCUUGCACUGACUGCGGGCGGCGGCGGCGGUGUGUCCGUAUACGUGUUUGUGUAUGUGUGUCUGUGAGAGGUCAUAUCUUCCUCCCAGCCACCCAUGUUAGAGACUUAAGAGUGUCGGUCGCUGGAGUGUACUGAAUAACUUUGUGCUAAGGCCCACGACGAUGUGAACUGAAUACAAACAUUUAUAUUCACUAUGCCUUCAAUCCCACAUAUUAUCGUUACCUUAGUGUAAUAUUAUCUCUAAUUUCUACCAGUGUCUUAUAUCACUUUUAUAUGUACGUCUUUAUAUAAACAAAGUAAGACAUUUUUACUGUUAUAAGAUAAUCUGGAGAGUUGAAAAUAUUAAUGUUGUAGAGGCAGUUUGUAACCCGAUUUUGAAGGACAGGAAGAGAAGCGUAUCAGCUGUACUCCCUCACCAUGACUUUGAUUCUUAAGCUUUGGUGUCUAGGGGUGUGUCUAGCUCUCUCAGAGAGCGUGAAGAAUGAGCUGUCGUGUUAUCAGUGUAAUGUCAGUGAUAACAUUGCUUGCACAGACGAGUACCUCCAACCUUGCCCUAACAAGCAGGUGUACGACAGGUGUGAGACCCGCGUUAGGAAGACAGUUGAUGGACGACAAUGGGUGGAGAAGGGAUGCGCGCUGUCCCCUUGUAACCUGUCACCGGAGGAGGAGGCGUCGCUUGGGAUGCAGUGUGACUACUCCGCCCCGGCCUAUGACUGUGUUUACUGUUGCAAGGAGAGCGGCUGUAACGGUGGAGGGGCUGCGGCUGCUACACUUCCCUUACCCCUGAUGAUCCUCUCCUUACUCACCCCUUUGGUAAUGCCCCUUGUUGUUCUUCUCAACCCUUAGUGCCCCUUUCUCUUCUUCAGAUUACAUUAAAAACAACAUAAACACAUCGCUAGCACGAACGAUCAGUAGCGCUUGGCUUUCUCUCCUCCAUUGCAAGUAGUUGUGUUUGGCGCCCUCACAUGUCAUCACCUGGAAGACUAUAGCCUCAGCCUCCUUCCUUCUUUCUUGUCUUUCUUCUUUCUUUCCUUCUUUCUUCCCUCCUGCCUAACUUCCCUCCCUCCCUCCUUCCCUCCCUCCUCUUCUCAUUCAUAUUUUCAUUUUUUACAUCCCCCCCCCUUUUCUUCCUUCCUUCAUCCCUCUCAUCUCUUAUCUUGAUCUUUUUCUCACCUCUCACCCGUCACUGCUCACUCCCACACACUCCUCCAACUCCUCGUCACCCAUAUUCGACAUACUGGGUAAUCAUUCACGUUAUUCAUCCAUUCUCAUUCACACUUGCAAUUAAAGCAUUUAUCUCCCUAUAAUACUUAAUAAAUGCGUAAUAAAGCGUUACAUCGUUAGAAAUAAUAAGUAUAAAAUUUUGAAAUGUUUGUCGUGUGAAGAGAGUAACUUGGUAUAUACUGUAUAUUUACAAUGGUGUUUACGUUGUGUCAGAUUGCCUCACCGAAACGAUGUUCUCACUGGGAAAACAACAAUAUCAAGAUAAAUUAAUAUAAACAUUUUAGUAUAAUGGCUCAGGGUGUUCAGUGAAACAAUACGAAAAAAUAUAAUAAAUUACAUAAGUGACAUGUUUGCUCUCAGAUUGGCGCAACUUCAUCAUCGUCUCUAGAAAAUCUUCAGAAAGUUACCCAUAAACCUCAUUUAGUUAGUAUCUUAGAAAGUGUCUGUAUAACUGAUGAGUAAAUAACUUGUUCAAAGAGUAUUGUUGUUGUGUUAUGAUAGAGAGAGUUUGUCAAUCAUAAAACUGCAUUUUAUGUUUGUUAUUAGGCAUUUGUUAUUAUGGUUGUCUCACGGCACAUAAUACUGUUGAUGUAAUUAUGUUUUUUUUUUUUCAUAUACUCCCAGAGGCCUUAUUAAAAACCACAAUGGAGCUUGUGCGAGCUAAUUCACCCAGACCAGAAAAAACAACACAUGAUGUCAUAAAACAGCACCUGGCGACUUUAAAAACAGCACGUAACUUAAUAAGAAAACAUGACCGCUCAUUGGCUGUGUUGAGACUGCCUGAACCUGUACAUAUGAUACUCAAAGGUAAAGCUCGUUGGUUCUUCUGUUUGUUUACUUGUUUAUAUGUUUUGUGUUUUUCUUUGUUUGGGCAAUAGCUCAAGCACUUUUUGAACUAGGGUGGUGAAAAAUGGAUACAAAAGUGACCAAGUGCUUUGUAAAAAAAGAAAAAAAUCUUUUGGUUUUGAUUCGUAUUUUGUUGAUGGUCUGAGUGGUGGUGUACACAUGACGUGUAUGUAUGUCUGUGUGUGUCUUUUUGUAUGCAUAAAUUAUUAGCUCGGGUUAUCAAUGCGCAAAUCUUACGCUCAGUUUACUCAGUCAUUAACACAACUCAGUAGGACUUAACCUUUAGUCCAUCACUGAUACCAAGUUACUCUCAGAAACCUUGUAUUAAUUCACAUAUAAGUCGAAUAUUGUUAUGACGUCAAUCACAGAGCGUGAAUUCGCACAAGCGACUUUGAUUUAAUUCAAUACUAACUACUAGUAAAAUAUAUACUGUAACCAUGAUAACGAACACAGCUGGGAAUAUUACACGUCCGUACUGCCUGACACAGCUAUAAUAAUUAUAGUUUGGGAUAAAAUACUUAAAAAAGAAAAUACAAUUAUAUAGGAAGGUAAAGAAACAGAAUGAAUAAUAAAAAAAGUUAUAGAUAUCGGCCAUCACAGUGAGAACAUGGUUGGUAUAUUGUAGACACUCCCUAUACUUAAAAUUAAUCACAUCAUAAAUAGGCAGCUAUAUUCUUCCCUGUGAUUAUAUAUUUAUAUGUGUGUGUGUGUGUAUCGUUAUAUACCUUAUUAUACAUGUUAUUUAUUUUAUUAACAGUUAUUGCUCUUGUUGAAUAUUGUAUAAAGUGGUUUGUUUACCUUAUAGUCAUGAUACCUUCUAUAUUAUAAUGUAAAUGGUUUAUUGUAUCUAUAAUUUACUCAGUUAAGGAUCGUUCUGGCGGAGUCUUGAUUCUAGAAAUAUUAUAUACGAUCACUAUUAUUUUAAGACGACGAUUGUAAUAAGUAAAUAUAUUUGAAGUUACA